CAGAAACAAAAUCAAAACCACAACCCUCUCAGCCCAUGGACCUACACCAUACCCCUCGCCAGAAAUACAGCCCCUUUAGGUUCUGAGACCCUCCUUCCCCAUUCCUUCCAACAAUCGUCACUCCCUACCCUCUCCGGAGGCAGUGCAGUGGUAAUCAGUCCGGUUUAUCGAGGAGGAGCUCAGGUCCAAGCAGAGGCAAAACUUCCGGCUAAGAGCAAAAAGUGGUCCCAAUCCAGUAAGUCUUGGUCUCGUCAUCAUCAGGCCCUCCAUGGUUCCCUGGGCCCCUUAAGCAGCAUCGGUCACAACCAGGGAGCAAAACCGGAACCUGUAGACCCAAAUACAACCAAUCCGACCCGGCGCUUUGCCAAGAAUGGCGGUGACUGCGAGCGCCAGAAGUUUUCACUUUCGGACGAGUUCCGGCAGCAAGGAAUGGAGCGGUGACCAGCUGGUAGAGCUCCAAUACCAGACCAGUCCUUGGUUCGGCCUACUACAUCACCGUGGUUACUGACCUGUGGGUCAACCAAGCAAAAGCUUGAACGAGGUGUUCACCACAGCUAGCCUGAGAAGGAAGAAACCCCCCAGACGCAGACCAACGGCAGCGACGAAUGGGAGACAAGCUCUGAAGAUCCACCCGUGCAGGUUCUCCGUUAAGCACACAAACCAAGAAAAGGAGGAGAGAAGACCAUAUGAAACCGAGAAUUAAACUUACCUUCAACGUUGCAAAACCAAGCAGCCACAGAACAAAGAACCACACUUGCCUCUGACUUCGAGCCUCGCUAUCCAUCCCCAGAAACUUCCAUCUCCGGCUCGUUCACCACCGUCACAGGCCCC